UCCCCCAGCAGCUGCACACAGGUGAGUGCGCGCACACGAGCAACAGCGUAGAGCGCUCCCGCGAUCACGGCGGCGGAGAACCGAAAAGAACCGAGCGAAACCGGACAUGAGACUCGAUUCCCUGAGGGCGGAGUGAGCAGACCGGCGGCGUGGAGCACCGGAGACCGUAACCAUCAGACUGAGGGAUCCAGCAGACUCGAGACUCCAUAUCCAAUCACUGACCUCUGAGACGUGAAGCACCGACCCCUUCAGCUCAGCCAAUCAGACGCCUCUCCUCCACCAUGGUUUGCUACAACAACGAGACCGUGGUUUUCUUCUACAGCAUCAGCCAUAAGAACAUCAGCGAUACGUGGGGGACUAAAGCGAAGGCGGUGGUGGGUAUGGGGCUGCUGGUCAGUGUUUUUGUCAUCUUCACCAACAUCCUGGUGAUGGCGGCCAUCUUCAUGAACCGCCGCUUUCACUACCCCAUUUAUUACCUGCUGGGGAACCUGGCGGCGGCAGAUCUGUUCGCCGGGACGUCCUACAUGUAUCUGAUGUUCCACACCGGGCCCUGGACCGCCAAGCUCACCACAUACCAGUGGUUCGUGCGGCAGGGUCUAAUCGACACCAGCUUGACGGCGUCCGUCUUUAACCUGAUGGCGAUCGCGCUGGAGCGCCACCAGACCAUCUUCACCAUGCAGCUGCACAGUAAGAUGACCAACCAUCGGGUGGUGCUGCUGAUCCUGGGCAUCUGGACAGUGGCCAUCAUCAUGGGUCUGGUGCCCGCUAUGGGCUGGAACUGCAUGUGCGACAUCGGGAACUGCUCCACAAUGGCGCCGCUCUACAGCCGCAGCUAUCUGGUGUUCUGGGCCGCCAUCAACCUGCUGACCUUCACCGUGAUGGUGGCCGUCUACACGCGCAUCUUCAUUUACGUGCGGCGCAAGAGCCAGCGCAUGAGCCAGCACACCUCGCAGGUCAAACACAAGGAGACGGUGGUCAACCUGAUGAAGACCGUCGUCAUGAUCCUCGGCUGUUUCGUGGUGUGCUGGACUCCAGGUAUGGUGCUGCUGCUGCUGGACGGGCUCUGCCACUCCUGUGAUGUUCUGACCUAUGAGAAGUUCUUCUUGGUUCUGGCCGAGAGCAACUCCUUAAUGAACCCCAUCAUCUACUCGUACCGGGACAAAGACAUGAGGGACACCUUCAAGCGGAUCCUGUGCCUGUGCUGCCGGUCCAAGCAGAGCGAGGAGCACUCGGGCGUGCGCUUCAACACCCUGGAGCAGGAGAGGAGACGGCGUGUGCAGCAGGAGUCGUAUCUCGCUCGCAGGGCUCGGGAUGCAGGAGCGCAGCAGGAGAAUGGAGGACGGCUGGUGCUUCAGGAGAACAAGGAGAUGCUGGAGUCCAGCGACAGCUGAAACACACUCUCCGACACACGGGCAGACUGUCAGCUGUAAAUAUCCUCUUCAUUUUAUUCAAGUUUUACUGGAGCAGCUUCUGGCCAAGAUUUGGAGACCUUGACUUGAAAGUGUGUGUGACUGACGUCUGAUUAAACACUCUCCUGUGUGACAGACACACAACAUUUACAUUUUAAUGAUGUUUAAAUGAUGUUGGAUGUGUGUGUGUGUGUGUGUGUGUGUGUGUGUGUGUGUGUGUGUGUGUGUGUGUGUGUGUGUGUGUGUGUGUGUGUGUGUGUGUGUGUGUGUGUGUGUUAGGGUUUUGCUGUGUUGUUCGUGUGUCAUUUGAAGGAGUUGUCAGUAGUUUUUGUUGAUUAAAGGUUGUGAUGUUGUUGAUAGUGCUGUAGUUUCAUGUGUUGAGCAGUGAUGGAGCCAUUUCACUGUUCAGUGUGUCGAAGUGUUGGAGCGGCUCGUGCUGGCGCCUCCUGCUGGCCUGACCUGUGGAAAUGCGGCACACUCAGGAUAAGCAUGUAUUUGAAUGGACUUUUCCAACAUUUUGCCGUCUUUAUAUUGCCCUGUACCCUAUAGAUGCACUUUAUCAUCUAUCAUUUAUUGUCUACUAUGAUUAAAUAUUAUGUUAUGUUCUUUUA